AUGACCCAGUACCUGAUAACCCAGUACCACAUAACCCAGUACCUCAUAACCCAGUACCUCAUAACCCAGUACCUUUUAACCCAGUACCUCAUAACCCAGUACCUGAUAACCCAGUACCACAUAACCCAGUACCUCAUAACCCAGUACCUCAUAACCCAGUACCUCAUAACCCAGUACCUCAUAACCCAGUACCUCAUAACCCAGUACCUUAUAACCCAGUACCUCAUAACCCAGUACCUCAUAACCCAGUACCACAUAACCCAGUACCUGAUAACCCAGUACCACAUAACCCAAUACCUCAUAACCCAGUACCUCAUAACCCAGUACCUCAUAACCCAGUACCUUAUAACCCAGUACCUCAUAACCCAGUACCUCAUAACCCAGUACCUCAUAACCCAGUACCUCAUAAUUCAGUACCUGAUAACCCAGUACCUCAUAACCCAGUACCUCAUAACCCAGUACCUCAUAACCAAGUACCUCAUAACCCAGUACCUCAUAAUUCAGUACCUGAUAACCCAGUACCUCCUAACCAAGUACCUCAUAACCCAGUACCUCAUAAUUCAGUACCUUAUAACCCAGUACCUCAUAACCCAGUACCUGAUAACCCAGUACCUCAUAACCCAGAACCUCAUAACCCAGUACCUCAUAACCCAAUACCUCAUAACCCAGUACCUGAUAACCCAGUACCACAUAACCCAGUACCUGAUAACCCAGUACCACAUAACCCAAUACCUCAUAACCCAGUACCUCAUAACCCAGUACCACAUAAUUCAGUACCUCAUAACCCAGUACCUGAUAACCCAGUACCACAUAACCCAGUACCAUAUGACCCAGUACCUGAUAACCCAGUACCACAUAACCCAGUACCUCAUAACCCAGUACCUCAUAACCCAGUACCUUUUAACCCAGUACCUCAUAACCCAGUACCUGAUAACCCAGUACCACAUAACCCAGUACCACAUAACCCAGUACCUCAUAACCCAGUACCUCAUAACCCAGUACCUCAUAACCCAGUACCUCAUAACCCAGUACCUUAUAACCCAGUACCUCAUAACCCAGUACCUCAUAACCCAGUACCUCAUAACCCAGUACCUCAUAAUUCAGUACCUUAUAACCCACUACCUCAUAACCCAGUACCUCAUAACCCAGUACCUCAUAACCCAGUACCUCAUAACCAAGUACCUCAUAACCCAGUACCUCAUAAUUCAGUACCUGAUAACCCAGUACCUCAUAGCCAAGUACCUCAUAACCCAGUACCUCAUAAUUCAGUACCUUAUAACCCAGUACCUCAUAACCCAGUACCUCAUAACCCAGUACCUGAUAACCCAGUACCUCAUAACCCAGUACCUCAUAACCCAGUACCUGAUAACCCAGUACCACAUAACCCAGUACCAUAUAACCCAGUACCUGAUAACCCAGUACCACAUAACCCAAUACCUCAUAACCCAGUACCUCAUAACCCAGUACCACAUAAUUAGGUAG